AUGCCUCGUCGCGACCGCCAGGCCUACAACAACUCUACGACGAUGGAAGCCCCUCACGGGCAGUCAUUGCCAAAACCUAGGACCUUGGUCCUGUGUUUCGACGGGACGUCGAACGAGUACGAUGCAGAUAACACCAACGUGGUCAAGCUCUUUGCGUUACUGAAGAAAGACGACUUUGAGCAGCAGCUCUGCUACUACCAGGCCGGCGUAGGGACUUGGUUCGAGCCUGGUGUAGUAUCCCCGCUCUUCCAUUGGGGUGCGAAGAUGUUGGAUUUGGCGGUUGCAUGGUACCUCGAUAAUCAUGUAAUGGAAGGUUACCGUUUCUUGAUGGACAACUACCGCACUGGAGACCGAAUAUGCAUUUUCGGUUUCUCCAGAGGUGCUUACACAGCCCGAGCCCUGGGCGGGUUCUUGUACAAGGCUGGUCUCCUUCCCCGGGGAAAUCAAGCUCAGGUUCCGUUCGCCUACAAGUUAUACAAACGUGAAGACAAAGAAGGCAUCGAAUUGUGUGCUGGAUUCAAGCAGACCUAUUGUCAAGAUGUCAAGAUCGAGUUUAUGGGAGUUUGGGAUACUGUAUCUAGCGUUGGAGUGUUCAUCAAACGCACACUGCCCUUCACCAACUCUAACCGGUCCGUCAAGACCUUCAGACAUGCUCUUGCGCUGGACGAACGACGUGUCAAGUUCCAACCCAAUUACUACCACCGUCCCACCCCCAAGGAGGAUGACAGUUUCACAACAGAGCAGGUCGAUCACCGAAAGCAAGGAUCCUCCGAUUCGUCCACCUUGGCUGAAGAUGAUGUUCCUCAUUGUCAAUUCUUUGGUCGGAUUCCAUCCAAGCGCAGUCGAAAGCUGAAGAAAAAGCUCAAGAGGGCCCAAGCUGUGAAGGAUCUGUACUCAACAGCUGUCAAUCGGGCAAUGGUGAACGACGAUUCCACGGAGCGACUCGGCCCCGUUGAUGAUGUCCUGGAAGUUUGGUUUGCAGGUUGCCACAGCGACGUCGGCGGAGGCUCGGUACAUAACUCCCAGACCCAGAAUCUCGGUAACAUCAGCUUGCGCUGGAUGGUACGCGAAAUCCUUGCUUCAGGAUGUGGAAUCCUCUUCGAUCUUGAUGCAAUGGCCCGAGCCAACAUUCGCGUGCGUUUGGAACCUAGCGCGUCCGAGUUGAUCCUGGACGAUGCGGACGCGUUGCAGGACAUUCACGAUGAACUCAAGAGACGCAAGGCGUGGUGGUUAUUGGAGAUUCUGCCUUUGCAUCAUACUUGGCAGGACGCAAAGGGUGUUUGGAGGAAGAACUACGGGAUCAAUCUUGGCAGAGGGAGGAAGAUUCCCGAUCCUGAGCCCAAGUUCCAUAUCACGGUUCAGAAGCGGAUGCGAUCUCAUCUCGACUAUCGACCACAGGCUCGUUGGUUCCCCGGUUCUGAGAUUUACGUCUUCUAG